AUGAGUGCGCACUCGAGGGUAUAUCGUGACCACCGUAAAUGGGUGUUCUCGAAUGCGAGGGACAAGAAAAACAAGCCUCCCCCUUUGCACAUUAAGUUCCCGCUUACCAUGCACCACAUUGGAUCAUCAGUUCUUGCCUUCGCAGUUUACGGUUUAUGGCUUCCCAUCAAUCGCAAGGCCGUUGACCCCCGCAUGCAGCUCCAAGGCGAGUGCAACCGCAUGAUCCGCCGCGCGUUGAGGCGCAUCCUCUAUAGCACGGGUCAGAAAUGGAAGUUCAGCGUGCGAGUGACAGGAGAAAUUCAGCAGGACCGAUCAAAUUUCCGGGGCGUUGGAACACCGUUGGCGCUGCAGAUCGUGGACACCGAGGAAGCAUCGGUCAUAGGCCCGGUCAUUGCGGCUGUCGACGACGCUCUUGGGCAGUUCCCGGAUAGCCACCGCUACCCUAUCAACUGCAUCGUCUCGCGUGAUCGGGCGGGUGAUAGGCCUGUUUCGGCCAGGAUAGACGUUGGCUGGCGUGGCAAUUCGAAGGCGCGCUUCCUGGAGGUAGUUGCCAAGGCCGCGACGGCGGUGCUGGGGAAGUACAGCCCGGUCUUGUUCAAGGUCGGCAUCGCAAUCAAUGAUUGCAAGGACGGCGAGGAGCCGGCCCAGACGGUGGAGCCGGAGGAUCCGAAGGACCCCGUGCAAGAAGCUCUGGCUUUUCACAUACUUGGCGACAUUCGGCAGCAGACGUGGGACCUCGGCCUCGGCCGGGGAUACCACUUGUCGGUUCAGCUGAACCGAAUCGACGCGGGUUGGGCUCUUCGGCCCUCAAAGUUUGCGUCGCGUCGCCCGGCCACCAUAACUGCUCGGACGAGGCAGCUAUUCCUGCCUCCGAGAAUCGGCCCCUCCGGCCGGAAGGCUCUGGAGCCGAUCAGCCACCAGGCUUCCAUGACUGCUCCGACGACGCCGCCCUUCCCGCCUUCGAGGAUCGGCCCCUCCGGCCGAAUUUCACUGCGUCCGACCGACUACCCAGAACCGACAACUGCUCCGACGUGGGCGCCAUUUCUGCCUCCUCCCAUCGGUAUCUCUGGCCGAGAUGUCUACCGCCCCCCUACCCCGCUGUCCCCACGCCCCACCCCCAACCCCGCCCCCGGACAACUCCCCCACCGUGCUCUAGCUUAUGAGCAAAUAUUGGCUCCCCCCGACAGGACGUUCCCCCAUCCAAGGACAAAACCCUUUAGUUGGGAUAAGCCCCGUCCUGGGGAUGAGCCUGCACCAACGAUUGCUCCGACGAGACCGCGAUCUCUGCCUCCGAGCAUCGGCCCCGCGGCCCCGCUGACCCCAAGGCCCUCCCCCAACCCCGCCCCCUCCCUAGCCUUCCACUAUGCUCAAGCUAAUGACCCUGCACGAACGACUGCGCCGAACAGAUCGCGGUUUGGUCCCACGAGCUUCGACCCCUCUGUCCGGCCCAUUUUCCGUCCCACUGCCCCGCUGACCCCAAGCCCCUUCCCCAACCUCGCCCCCUUCCUAAUCCCCCACUAUGCUCUAGAUAAUGACCCUACACGAAAGAAUGCUCCGAACAGAUCGCGGUUUUUCCCCACGAGCUCCGGCCCCUCUGUCCGGCCCAUUCUCCGGCUCACUCCCCCGCUGGCCCCAACCCCCUUCCCCACCCUCGUCCCCGACGACGGCCCAGACAUGCCGUCAGCAGCUGGGCACCGACCCACCCCCAUCCAACCUCCCUCCCUCUUCCCUGCCCCCGCCCCCGCCCCGAGUGACAAUCAUUCUGUGGCAGGAGAGCCUUCCCAAGACGACAGCUCGGAGAGCAGCCGUGUCGUUGCUGGAAGUUCGGUUUGCUCAUCAUUCGGCGGAAACUUCACCGACGGCUCGGUCGACGGUGCUACGCCCUCGGGCAGUGGAAGUGAGAGGAGCGAAGAGGGACACGCUUCCGACUUCUGCUUCACUCCGGGCAAGGAUGUGCUAGAGGAGGCGGACGACAGCAGCUAA